AUGUCUCUCUUCCGUUCAGCUGCCUCGAACUGUUUGUAUCUAUCUAUCUAUCUAUCUAUCUAUCUAUCUAUCUAUCUAUCUAUUCCAAAUUGUUUAAAUCUAUCUAUCUAUCUAUCUAUCUAUCUAUCUAUCUAUCUAUCUAUCUAUCUAUCUGCUUACUGCCACAUCAACUCCAAGCAAGGAAUGACUCACGAGAUUUUUGCAAUGGCGUUCCUACAUAGCCUUUUACUCCCCUCCACCUUUUCCCGCCUUUUUUUUCUUGCCACCGCUACCCUCUUCAACACCACCAUCACCCCUCCCUCCUCCCCCGUAACUGUUCCCCGACUUCCUGGACAUUUGACGUGCUAUACUCUAUUAUUUUUAUCUUCUUUCUUCUUACAGUUCCAGAGCUUUAGCCGCCAUCUUCCUUGUCCCACACUCUUUCUUCCGUUUCUAUAUCCCUGCAAAUUUGACUCUUUCUUUCUUCUUCUUCCCUUUUCUCUAUUUCUCUUCUCUACUCCCUUCUCCAAUUUCAUAAUUUGUAUAUUUUAUCUCUGGCCCUUUAUAAUUUCCUCCUUUCUUUCUUUCUUUCUUUCUUUCUUUCUUUCUUUCUUUCUUUCUUUCUUUCUUUCUUCUUCUUCUUCUUCUUUUGUCCCUUCAGGACGUGGGCAUAUUUCUCUAUCUUUUCCUGGCCUUUAUCUCUCCUAA